AUGGUCAUGGUGAAGAAAGCUUUGAGAAAUGAAAGCAGGUACACGCUGAUGUACAGCAGGCACAGGAGGAGUGUUGCCCCGACCAGAACCAUCAGGACCCGCAGCCAGGUGGUCAGCAGCAGCAGCUCCCCCCACACACUCCCACCGGAGGUGUUCAACCUGAUCCUGGAUCAGCUGUCAGUGCUGGAGAUCAGUGUCUUCAGCAUGGUGUCCAAAGAAAUCACCCAAUGCAUCUUGGACUACAUCUCCACUAUGGCCUGGAAGAAUAAAAUGAUCAACCAAAGUUUUCAUCACUCCACCUGCAAGGAGCAGUUAUCCACUAUUGGACACUACAGAAAACUGGGUUUAUUAUUCAAGAGAUGCACACUUCUCCUACCAACAAAGGAAAGGUUGAAGUUUAUCUUUAAGACGUUCUCUCAGAUUCCCUGCUUUAUGUUAGAGCUGUGUCAAAUUCCCAACUGCAUCGGCUUCUCCAGCUGUGGUGUCUUUCUCAAGACACUGAUUUCAGGCUGGGAUGAGCUGGAGUGUCACAGAGUGUUCAACUUCCUGUGUGAGCUCACAAACCUGCUGCAAAAAGUGGAGGCAGUUAUCGCUGCAAAACCAGGGGUGAGGAGGUACCAGGAGGUGCAGUUCCGUCUGUUCUGUCGUCAGGUUCUGUUGGAUCCGUGGCUGAACCAGCCAGAGUGUCAGUUCUGGCUCACACAACUUCUGAGGCCUUGGCCCCUGGUCACCCAGGCUCACUUGCUGUUCAUCCUCUACGGACCACAGCUGCCUGAGGGUACACUGGGUUGGCAGGGUGUGUUAGAGACAGGGCUGCCUCACACCACCCUGUGGGACCUGGCCCAGGCCAUCCUCCUGCUGCUAGGCAAACUAGAAGUUAAAGGCUGGAGCAACGAAUCCAUGCUGGCGAUCCUGGAGGAGCUCAUCGUCAUUCCCCAGCCGUGGCAUGUGGAGAACGUGGCUCGUCUCUUGGUUCUGUGCGGCAGCAAUCUCUGCUACACCGUCCUGGCCAGCAAGGCCCUGAACGGACGCCUCCAGGAGAUCUCCAGACUCAUCGUCUACAUGAUCCUGGUGUGUGAGAAGGAGGGCUACCACAUGAGCUGGGCGGUGAAGUUGGUACGACAGCUUUGUAACAUCUUUAACACCACUCCUGAAAAGUUCCACUUCAUCCAAACACUGGAGAGCAUGUUCGUAGAGGUCACCAGGGAGUUCUUUGAUUUUUAUGUCAUAGGGAACCACCUUGGAGACAGGGAGAAUUUCCAGACCCUGUGUAUCCUCAUGGAGUCCAGCGCUCGUUUCCACACCAAAUUCCUCCACAUGCUGCUGAAAUAG